GUGACGUCAUAAUGUACGUCUGUUCUGCUGUUUCGUCAGAGCAGGUUCGAUGAGCUCUGAUCGGUGAUCUGCUGAUCAGCCUGUGGCUAGCUAGCCGCUGGCUACUUGCGCAAUAGCAGUUGUCGUCGGGCAGCUAAUCAAAGAUCAAAGCCUUAGAAACGCUUCCUGUUCUGCUCCUCGCUUCUCUGGAUGUUGCUCGUUGAUGUCAGCGGAAGUUGUUGCUCACAUUAACCGUCUCACACCGAUGUUAGCGGCGGUCACUUCGGUAUUUGCAGCGGCCACAUUUCCCGUUUUUGGCCGAGCUAGCUGAUAAGCUAGCCUAGCUGCUGUUAGCCUGUUAGCUCGCCUGUGAUGGCCCAGCCUGGGAGCGACAGGAUAAAGGAAGGUAGGCCGCACUCCCGCUUCUCUUCGCUCCUCUGACACUCCUGUGGUUAUAAUCUAAAUGAACCAUCGGUCUCCGUGGACAUUAACACCACACUCACUCAAACCGUCCAAAGAAUCCGGAGCUUUAGUUUCUAAGGCCCUCGGUGUGGCGGCUGUAUCCGGACAGAGCCUAAACUCUGCAUGGCGACAGACUUGCAGCUGUGGGAGUGAGUCGCCAAAAAGCCAGGGCCACCGGUAGCAACAUGGCGUCCCGUCAGAAGAACGCGGUCCGGAUCUUGUCCAACCGGGAGCGAGGCUCCCAGACCUUCGGCUCGCAGCGUCUCCUGCAGCUACUGGUGGAGGAGAAAGUCCGCUGGAUGAAAUGGCAGAGUCAGAAGGUGGAACUGCCGGACAGCCCUCGCUCGACGUUCCUGCUGGCGUUCAGCCCCGACAGGACCCUCAUGGCGUCCACACAUGUCAACCACAACAUUUACAUAACUGAGGUGAAGACUGGAAAGUGCCUACAUUCCUUAGUGGGCCAUCGUAGAACCCCCUGGUGUGUGACCUUUCACCCCACAAUACCUGGCCUGGUGGCCUCCGGGUGCCUUGAUGGCGAAGUCCGCAUCUGGGACUUGCACCCCCUCUUCCUCCCGGUGCCCCUGAAGCCAGUGACCGUCACCGGUGAGUCCACUGAGCCUCCGAGCGCCGACAUCCCACCACAACAAACGGACAGUGCGGAGCUAAGCUAG